ACGCCCCCGCUGUGUGCCACGGGCCAUCACCGCACACGCGGCCAGCUGUGCGUGUAGGCACGUGAACCGUCGUGAUGGCCGGCAGCUCUGAUGUCGUGAACAAAAUAAUACGCUACAAACUUCAGCUAACAAACACAGACGAGGCUGCUAAGAUUCUAAAAACUUUGAAGAAACUCAAAGGUCUAGAAGUAACAUUGGAUGUUCUUGCAGAAACUGGAAUUGGAAAGACUGUUAACUCUUUGCGCAGACAUGAACUCGCUGGGGACUUGGCCAAAUCACUUGUGAAAGACUGGAAGAAACUGGUGCCAAAAGGAUCCAAAAGUCCCUCAAUAGAUGACAAAACAACAGGUGAAUUAUCAUGCACAGUCAAAUCAGACAAAGAGAAAGCAGACACGGAUGACUUUAACAAUAACUGUCUGACUGAUGAAAGGGAAGAAGAUAAGCCUGUAAACAAAAAGAUCAAUAAGGUUAAUUUUGAUACAAGCAAAGAUUAUAGAGACACAAAUGAGCAGAAAAAGCACUGGACAUCUACAAAUGAAUUUUUAAGCAAAACCAAAUUAAUCAAGAAGGAAAAAAUAUAUAUCGGUGAUGAAUCAUGUGAUGAAACCACACUCAAAAGUAGCACAUCAGAGAAUAUUUUAGGUAAAGGAAAAUCAAAGUCUCACAAGAGAAAAAAAUACAAUUGUUUUUCUGAUGAAGAGAGUGACUUUUCAGGCAGAGACUCUGACAAACAAACACUGAAGAAGACAAAAUCCAAAGAUCAAAGAAUUUCUCCCGAACCAAGUCGUAAAAAGCCUAAAGAUGAGCAGGCCCCGGUCAGGCAUUCAGAGGCCCAAAACAGGAGAAGAAAGAAACAUGACAAUCACAAAUGUAAAGAGAAAAGUCCAGUCACUAAAGACAAAAAGUCAAAACACAGAGAGAAGGUUACCAACAAUGACGCUGAAGAGCCAACUAUGUCAUUUGAAUCCUACUUAAAUUAUGAUGAAAAUGUGUCCAAGAAGAAAGAACGCCCCAAACCUAAGAAACUUCCUCCCAAAUUCAAACCAGUGUUUAAAAAAGAACCAGAAAAAGUUGUAAACAAUAAGCCAGAGGAGCCAAUGAAGGAGCUAAUGAAAGAACCAAUGAAGAAUUCUCCAGUGCCAAUAUGUCCGGACUCUCCGAUAAAGAUCUCUUCAGAGUCUGUAUUGAAAAUUCCAGAGAGCCCUCCUUUAGAGUCAUGGUUUCCUGAAGUAGAAACUAAAAGAAAAGCAGAGAAAGAAGACGAUUCAUGUGACAUUUUGGAAGAAUCUGCCAUUUUUACUGGUCAGCGACUUAACAAGAAAAUGCAAGUCUACUCUGGUGCAAAGACCAUUUUCCUUCCAGCCAUGAUGAGCCUUUACCAGCAGUGUAUCCGCACACUUCAGAACAAUAUAAACUUGCUGUAUGAAACUGGAGGAGUCCCUUUUGAGAUCCUAGAGCCUGUGCUGGAGAGGUGUACACCAGAGCAGCUCCUCCGCAUUGAAGAAUACAACCCAAUUUAUAUUGGAGAAACGGAUCAUCUGUGGGGAAAGCACUGUCAGAGGGACUUUAAAGAUGCCAGACUCCUGGAGUAUGAGUCCUGGAAAGAGAUGUACCUUCGACUGUCUGAGGAGAGGGAGAGGAAGUUUAAAAUGCUUACAAAAACCAUUUCAUCAGCACAGUCCACCAAACCUAAAGGUCGGCAGGUGAAGAUGGCAUUUAUUCAUAGUGUUGCCAAGCCACCAAGAGAUGUGCGAAUUAAGCAGGAAAUCCAUGGAACUGCAGUUCAGCAGCCUCUGCUCAAGUGCAGUGUGAAAGUUCCAGACAACAAACCCAGACAGACCCCCAAAGAGACCACCAGGCCCAGCAGCACCACCUCUGCUACUCCAAAUUUACAAGAUCCUCGAAAAAAGACCAAAGUUGCUCCGAUGAUGGCCAAAUCCCUAAAAGCCUUUAAGAAACAGUUUGGUCGCAGAUAAAGGCUCUUCUAUUUAGUCUUAAGGUUAUGGGAUACUUUCACCUUUAUCACUUAUUUAUUUUGGACAGUAGAACAAAUGUACACAUGGUUGUAUUCACCAAUAAACAGACAAAGUGCA